GCACGCUGUUCGUGAGCGGCCUGCCGAUGGAUGCCAAGCCAAGGGAACUGUACUUACUCUUCAGGGCCUAUGAGGGUUACGAGGGUUCACUGCUAAAAGUCACAAGCAAGAACGGGAAGACAGCUUCGCCGGUGGGCUUCGUGACGUUCAACACACGAGCCGGAGCAGAGGCGGCGAAGCAGGACCUGCAGCAGGGCGUACGGUUCGACCCCGACAUGCCCCAAACGAUCCGCCUCGAGUUUGCCAAAAGUAACACGAAGGUUAGCAAGCCGAAGCAGCAGGCCGCGACCGCUGCGGGCACCCACCCGACUCUCAUGCACCCACUCACAGGACACCUGGGCACGCCGUUCUUCCCCGGCGCGGCGGAGCUGUGGCACCACCCGCUGGCGUACUCCGCGGCGGCGGCGGCGGCCGAGCUGCCGGCGGCGGCCCUGCAGCACCACGCGCACGCGCACGCCGCGGCCACGCUGGUGCACCCGGCGCUCCACCCGCAGGUCCCCCCGCCGAUGGCGAUGGCGCACCCGGCGGCGGCCGCGGCGUUGACAUCCAUCCACGCGUCGCUGCCGCACUUCCUGCCGUCGCCGGCGCUCGCGUCGCCCGUGGGCUCCUCCUCGUCGCAGCCGGGCGUCAGCAACGCCCCCUGCUCCACGCUGUUCGUCGCCAACCUGGGCCAGUUCGUGUCCGAGCACGAGCUCAAGGAGCUCUUUAGCAGCUUCCCCGGCUUCUGUCGCCUCCGCAUGCACACCAAGGGAGGGUCCCCCGUCGCUUUCGUCGAGUUUCAAGAUGUGCGCUGCGCUGCCCAAGCCAUGGCCAACCUGCAGGGCUCCUUCUUGCUCUCCUCUGACCGGGGAGCCAUUCGUAUCGAGUACGCCAAAAGCAAAAUGGCAGAGGGACCCAAGGGAGAAGAAAAUGGACAAUCUUAAUUAUCCUUACCUCCAGCUGAGCACCUGACAUGAGCAUCAGCAACCUGGCUCUGGUGUUGCUAUGCCCUCAUAGGCCUGAAUUCUUGAAGACAGCAAGGCAUCUUGAUUAAAUAUGAAAACAUAAAAUGGCGCACACUGUGCCAUUACCAUAGGUCAAUCUGUUAAAAUCUUAAAAUUUUGUUAUUUUAUUCUUCUUUUGAUUCAUCAAUAAGAAUAUUAACCACAGUAAUGAUAAAUUAAUAAUAAAUAAUGUUAAUAAAUGAAAAAAUAUUGUUAACGAGAAUGGUAGUAUGAUAAAAUCAAGGCCUCUUAAUAAAUGCCUGUAUACCUCCAAUCUUACACUUGAAAACGAAAGUGUCUUAUUAUCAUUACUAUUGUUAUUAUUUGUUUAAAUUAAAUGGUUCAGAAAAAUCUUGAUUUAUAUGAUACAUACAUCUGGUGCUUGCAGCUCUUUUAUUUAUUAAAUUCAUUAAAUAGUUCAUUCAGUAAGCUUCAGACUUAGUUCAUAUACAUUUCCUUUCAGAGUAACACAUUUAUUUUUAAAGAAAAAGAAGAAAAUAAUUUUGAAACAAUUAACAUUUUUAAGUAUACCGGAGUGCUUUUUUGAUAAAUUUCAUAGUUGACAGAACUAUAUUACUCUUGCUGUCAACUAGCUUUAAAAAAAUGAAUGUGAGUAAUUUGACAUCUUUAGGAAAUUGUAAACAAAAAAAAUUAUAAAUAUAGCAGUUUGUUGCACUUCUGCUUUGUCAUUCAGAUAGCACAGUAUAUCAUGUAGUUCUUUAUGAGCAUGAGAUAUGAGAAUUCAUUGAUGUUUUUCAGCAAUAGGUAUGCUGUGCUGUUGAUUAAUGAAUCACUAAUGUUAAAAACUGAGAUUAGAGCUUGAAAGGCAGUGUAGGAAAUACAGAGAAAAUUGCUAUUUACUUAUCAGGGGAUUAGAUAAUUAUGAACGAUUAUAAUUUACUUGUAUAUGGCAUAUUUCAAGAGACCUUGAUGAAUAGCAGACAAUGCUUGAUACCAAAGGUGCCCUGAAAGUUAUGUUUUAGAUAACUUAUUUGAAAAAAAAUGUAGGUAAACUAAAUGUAUUCAUUUAAUUUUUCUUAUGGAUGGUGUAAAUACCUCUUUUAGAAAAUACUAAAUCUUGAACAUAACAUAUUGUGCAGUAGCAUGCCAUGUGUCUGGCUGUUUAUGUGCAGAUAGGGUUUACAUGCUGUAGGCUACUAUCACUAUACAUAGGAUUAAUAAAAUUAGUCUGGUUGAAAAGAAACUCAGUGUUAGAAAAGCUAUAUUUGUUUUUCUAGAGGAAAAGAGAAUUGGAUCAGACAUUUAAUGUAUUUCUUAUUCAUAGCAAUAAACCAAAAAUCUGUAUGCUAUACUCUAUUUCCUUUGAUAGAAGGAAAAGAGAGAGAGAAUACAAGUAAACUCAGUCUGAGAGUGAAGCAAAAGAAUAUCAUGCAUUCAUAUCAAAUAAUAAGAAUCUUUUCUCUUCUCCUCCUAUCAGCACAAUUACUCAUAGAGUUAAAUUUCAAAAGAUUGUAGUUUGAACUUCAUAUCCUUUGAGCAUUAGCUGAUUUACCUGGUCUGAUGGGUAAACUGUACGAAAUGUACUUUAUAUAAACAUAUGGUAGUUUAAUUAUUUGUAUAUACAAAUAUGCAUAUAUCAUCUCAUCUAGUUACUUUUAAUGAGUGUAAUCAUAUAAUAUUCCAGUGACUACAUGACCACCUGUCUGUAGUUUCUAGUUAGUUUAUGUAAGCAAUUUAGAAGUGUUGAAUCUAACAAAUCAGUAAAGAGAGAAAUGCUGCGCAUUUUAUCAAUAAUGUUUUUAGUUAGUAAUGGAACAGUUAUUUAUUAAUAAGUGGUCAAGUUUUUAAGGUAAAACUGCUGAGGAUUGAGCAAGUCUGGGAUUUUUUGACUGUAUACAAGUGUAUAUAGCUAAUGUGUAUGAACCAAAGUAGAGACUGACUGCUUUAGUAGCCAGGACAAUCCAAAGAGGCAGCAUUACAAUGCCACAUAACUAGCCUGGUGUUAUGUUGCAGCUGGGAAUAUAAUUUCCGUUUGUUAAAUAUCUCUUUGAAAGAAAUGACAGAUUUAUAGAAUCUUAAAUGUAGUUGCUUUAUGUGUAAGGAUUGAUGUGAUAUGAAAAGAAACUAACAUUUUGGUACAGCUAGUGACUGGAGGAGUAACAUUGCUACUAACAUCUCAGAGUUUAAUAACAACACUCUGCCUUACACAGUGUGAGUUUAUUAAUGCUUCGAAUGUAUUUUUCGAGCAAUUGGAAACUGGAAAAAAUAUCCAUACUUAUGUAACACCUAUUCAGUACCUUAGUAUGAAUACACAAUUACAAUAUGUAUGAGAUGCUAAAUGCUGACAACCAAAUGAUUCCUCCAGAAACUAGCUAAUUUUGUAAGCAGAUUUAUUAGAUCUGUCGGCAUUGUGUAGACACAGAAAUAAGUGUUCUUGUGUAUAUCUGUGUACAAUGUAGAUUAAGUAACUUUUAAUUUAUACAAUUAAUUAAAGUAGCUAUCUGAGGAUUUAUAUUACGUGUACUAGAUUCAGAGUUUGUUUGGUACACUUUUCUUCAGAUAAAUGUAGUGACACUAUCUUAAAAAAGAAUAAUUUGAUGUGAAUUCAGUAAUGCUUGAUAUCUGAAAAUAAAUAUGUAAAUCCUCAGUGCUGCUAGCUUUCAAUUUUUGCUCUCAUUAAAAGAUGAAACAAUUAAAGUUUCUUUGUACAAAUGUAUCAUGAUGUGGAAAUUGCUUAGAGUAUGAUGUAACAGAUUUUUAAUUUUAUCAGUAGUGUAAGAUACUUGUUGUUGAUCUGCAUGUGUGUGCUAUGAGCUGUCUACACAGUGUGGCAGAUCCACUCUGAAAACUUUUCCGUCCAUUAUACGUCUUUAGAGAGACAAAACGCAGCUCAAUGCUACAAGGGGAUGCUAGGAGGGAGGGUCUGAGGAGACGGUGGCACCCUGCGGAGUGCGGAAUAAACAUAUCAGCUUAAAAUACCUGUUAUGCAAUCCGAACCUUUUGACUGUCAUAUUUCUUGUACAUCUGUUUGUUUUAAUACUGCAGUAGUGUUUUAAUGUGAGUAAGUGCUCGUAAUAAUUAAAUGUGAAAGAAAAUAUAGAAAUAAAAAAAAGAACAGCUAUUAUAAUGGGGCUCAAAGGAUGUAAAACUAAAAAAAAAGUUUGUUUCUUGUUCACUACUCCAUUAUCUGUUAUGAUCUUAGUGAUACUGACAUAAUCAGUGAAUCUGUAGGAGUUGACAUUAUCAUUUUUAUGGAAUAUUUUUGCAUGUACUAAAGGAAGUACAGUAAGUCAAGCGCUGUGAUGUAUAUCUUUUGGAAUAAUUUAUUAAAGUCUGCAAUAAAUUCAGUGCAGACCAGUUUUUAUACUGUCAUCUAUAGUGUAUUUUUUUAAAUAUUGAAGAAAGCAAAUAAGGCAUAGAUGUCAUAAUUUGGCAUAGGUCAAUAUUAUCAUCUUAAAUAGAUGCUCAUGGUAGUUUUAUCAUUUCAUAGAAUAAUUGAAAUCUAUUAAAAUUCCACCUAAAUUCAUGGAAAUUCCCAAAAACAUUUCUUAACACUCAGUGAAAUUUAGAAAACUAAGAAAAUAUUUUAAAAAUGAAAUCAAGUGUUUAGUGUAUAAGGAAAAUGAAAACAAAGAGACUACAAAUAGCAUAUCAUUUACGCAACAGAUGCAAAAUCGGAUAUAUGUGUGCUUGUACUGCACAGAAUACAUAUUUUAUAGAGCUUUCACCCAGUUUAUUAACCCACAUACAUUUUCGUUUGUGCAUGCACAAUCACUGCCUAAUGCUUCUUUUUGAAAUGAGAGGUAAUUGAAAACAGUUAUCAUUCAAUGGAAUUUUGUCUACUCAGUUUAUCUGGUCACAUGUGUGUCAUGUUUCUGAUGUCACGAAUUCCCCUCAGUUUGACGUUGUCCAUGAAGACUCUUCUGUUUGCCUGUAAAUGAAAUAUAAAUUGCUUUACUAAAGCAUGUUACUUUUUUUAAAACUUCUUUAGAGAUGUCAAUGGGGAUAAACUUCCUUUGAAAUGAUAAAGAAAGAGCAAACUGAUUACAAAAAUAUGUUUUUUGUGCUAACUUCACUUAGUAGAAUAGAAAAUUUGUAAUAACAUAGUCUCUAUAGCACUCAAACAUUUGCAUAUCACUGCUGCAUGACUUAUUGUACACAUUAUAUUCUGUCAACCUCUUUCUGUUGUGUUAGAUGAAUGUAAGUGCAUGAAUGUUGAGAGUGUAACUUUAAAUAAUCAGGGCUAUAUGUAAAAAAAAAAAAAAAAAAAUACUACAAAGCUGCCUGUACCGUCAGGUCAGGAGCCUCUCAUGAAUAUUGCCUUAUUCUGCUCGAGCUUUGCGAGGCAACAAGAUAUUUGUAAGCAGCAUUAUAUAAAUGUAUGUACGUAUGUAUGUCCUUCAUAUGAUAUAGAUAUUGCAAUGAUACUUCUAGCUUGCUUAAAGCUACUUCAUUCCUUAUUGUGCUGUGAAAAUGCUUUCUCAAAGGCUGACCAAUCAUUUAUAUCAUGAAUAGAUUUUUCAUACUGAAAUAAUUUAAAUAGAAUUUUUUAAAUCUCUAAGUAUAAAUUAUUUAUUACAUUCCAUUGUCUUUACAGAUGUUGAAGCUUUGGUGUUCAUUGUUAGACAAGUGUAAAAUGCAAAAAUAAAUUAUGUACAUUUAUGGUACAAUUAAUAUGUAACCUACUACUCAGUAAUGAGUGAAAAGUUCAUCUUCAAAUGAACACAAUGUGAUUGACACUAAGACCAUUUAUCUUAACUCAUCACCAGUUUCACAUUUAUGCUUUUUUUUAUUGAUCAUGAAAAUAAUAACCUCCCUCGUAUCAUUUAUUAUGUGUUAUAUGACUUACAGCACAAAUGUCUUGUAUGUCUUCUACAUAUCCUAUCACAUUCUGUAUCAUAUAUAAUGAUUAUUUGUACCAGUAUAGAGAAGGUGACUGCAGACAGACAUCUCUCAUAUUGAGACAUGAAUAAGCUAUGUGACAGAGCACCUGCUGUAUUAAACUGUUUUCAUUUUGUUGCAGGAAAGACAUUGAAUUGGAGGUAACAUCCUCCUCUAUAAUACAAUCAGAACAAAUUUCUUUUCUUUUAUGCAUCCAUACAAUUAAAUAUCACAUGGAUCACACAUAUAGAUAACUGUAACUUUCUGUAGUAUCAGCUGUGUUGUUUAUGUAUGGAGACUGAGGGCAUUGCUCUGCCACCUUUAAUCACAUAACUCUGUGUUAUAAUUGACAGCAUUACGAAACAUUGAUUCAAUGUUUUAAGAAUCUGCAUUCCAGCAUAUACUGCAAGUAACAUCUCAAUGAUUACCACUACCAUUAUUGUCAGUCACAGACUACAUAAGAGUUAAAGUGGCUUAUUUCAUAAAGUAAGUCCUUCUGCAUACAGAUAUUUACAUGUUAUAGAGUGAACCAUAGCAUUCAGAUAUGGCACUCACUUAGAGACAUAUAUGCGAUUCAUUAUACAUAUCCAUAGAGGAAAAAUCAUCAGGAUUUUUGCGAUUGCAAGUAAUCUAUGAAGAUCUGAGCUGUCAGUGACUUUAGCAUAAUGCUGCUGGAUAAGGUUUUGCAUUUCUGCAAGACAUGAUUUGUAUGUCCAGCUACAUUGCUUUUCUUAAUGUCUCCUAUAUAAACUGUGAUACUGUCUGCAUUUCCUUCCCAUUUGUGCCUUUAAUAAAGAUUUUUGUUUCUUGUGAUGUGUUAAUAUAACUGUAAUCCUUCUAACUUUUUAAGCUCUUCUUCAUCUCAAAUACAUUCAGCUGUUUGUUUUAGUUGUCUCCAAACUUUCUCAGAGCUUUGCACAUUGUUUUAUGUACACAGUACUUUUUCAUGUACAUAAACUUCUGUAGAAAGAAUUUGCUGAACUGAACAUUCCAAAUUCUCUUUAAAAGUAUUUUGCUUUAUAUCUGUUGUUAGUUUUUCAUGUGUUCUCAUAAGCUUUCAAAUAACUUCUACUUUAUGUUUAAUAUUUCCCAUUUGUUGAUGUUCUACAUGCUGUCCUACUGCUGUACUUUUGUUGAGUUUGAAAGACCCCAACCUACAGAUAUUGGAUGUUUUGUUAGCCACAUUUGCAAAAGUUUUUGUCUGAAUCUGUUCUGUAAAGAGAAUAUAGUGUUCAGUUUGUACGAUGAGUUAUGAUAGAGUGAUGAUUCAGUAAGCUGAAUUUUUGAGAAAUCCCUUUGUUGACUUUACAAGAGUGCCUGUGCUGAUGAAAACACUUUGAGCCCCAAGCUGUAGAAUGUUGAGUGUUUCCAAAAGAUAUGUCAAGAAUUAGAUACAGCAGGAAACAUGUGAUAAAAUAUAUAUUGUAAAUGGGAAACUAGCCAUUCUCGCCUUCUUUAAUUAACCUGCUUUAGAACAUAGGUUAAAAAAAAAAAACACCACUUUCUAAACAUAUCAUGAUCUGUGCCCCUUUACAAAGUGACAUUCUUAAAUUUUAACAAGUAAUUGUUAAUAAAGCAAAGUUUGAUAUAUAUUAAAAAACAAGAAUUUACAAUGAAAAACAAAUCCUUUUGUGAAAGUGAGGAUUUUUGAAGAAUUUCCUAUGCGAUAAAUGUAAUUAUUACUAUGUAUUACUACUUAUAUAUUAUAUUUAUGGGUUUUUAAGUUGUUAUUGAAGGUUUGGCAUAUCACUGUUCAACAGUGUAUGUAUGUGUGUGUGGGUGUAUCCAUGUGUGGUUGUGUGUGUGAAAUAAUAUUGCAAUAUUUUAUUUAAGCAAAUUGAAAAUGUAUUACCGCAUAUCUUUUGAUGGAGAGAUGGGAUAGUUUGAUUUUCCCUUUAGCAUGAAAAGAUACUUCGUAGCCUUAGCCAGAACAUUACACAUUAAAUUUGGCUGAUUGUUGAAGACAUGCUGCAGUUCAUUGGUAAUCCCCUUGCCAUAUUAUUAAUCUGUUUUAUGUAACAAGCACAAAGUGCAUAUAUCUGAGAGUAUCACUUCAUAUUUUUAUUGAAGCUGCUAUGAUAUGCAAUGACAUUUAUGAUAUUUAAAAAUAUAAGAAUUUCCUUAGAGAUUAUACAAUACAUCAGAAGAAAGUGUGAAUCAGUAACGCAGUUUGAUAAAGGCUGCCUCAAAGCUAUAUAAAAACUGUAUCGUGUAAGGGGAAAGAUAGCCAUAGAAAUGUUAUCUUUUGUACCAUCUGACAGAACUUUUAUUCUCUUCGUAUACAGAGAAAUUGCAUAUGUUGGAUUUAAAGAAACUACCUGUGUUUAUGAUGAGUGAAAUAGCAAUUUAAAAUUAACAUAUUUCUGUUGAUUAAUAUGUCUGACCAGUCUUCAUGAUAAUUUUUCUUCUGGGUAUAUUAGAGAACUAGAUGUAUGCAUCCAGCAAAUAUUCUGCAGAAAGUGGUUUUUUAUACCUCAGAUUUUUAUAUAAUGUGUCAACCAUAAUAAACUACUUGUGCUGUAAAUAAAAAAUAUAUCGAUCACAGCAUAGAGUUUAUUAGAUGCUGUAUCUUAAAACAGAAAUCUCUUUCAAACCCAAUUUUCAGUCAAUGUUAGCAUCAUUUUCGACAAGCAGGGUGUCUCAUGAACUGUAAAGGAAAAUUAGAUGCAUAUUACAUAAAGUAUUUAAUACAUUUCUGAUUUGUAGUUUCUUACACUGUUUUUCAGUGCCUCUAUUGGUUUGAUUUGGCAUUAUAUUUUUUUGAUAGUAUCUUUUGAUUUUAGAUAAUAUUAUAAAUUUCAGUUUAUGGUCAUGUUAACCAUUUACAGAUACUUUUUUACCAUAAUUGUUAUCUGUACUAAAAUAUUAUCAUAUUAAAAAUACUAUAAGCUAGACCAUAAUAAUAGUUACAUCAAAAGAAACCAUCUGAUACAUUAAUAAUACUGAACUACCAGUCAGACACUUUUUUUUUAAAUUAAUACUAAAGUGACCUUCUCAGAAGCUCACAAAUUUUAAUGCGAAUUUGCAGUUGAUACUGAUGGUGAAGUACGCUGUUACAACAGUCUGUCUGUCUGUCUCUCUCUCUCUCUCUCUCUCUCUCUCUCUCUCUCUUGCCCCCACCCUACACCCUGUACUAGAUAGUACGCCAAUUGAAACUAAAAAGUGAUUUAAAGCCAACAACAGAGUGAUGACAUAAAGCUGUUGUGCUAAUUAUCUGCAGUUUUAGACUCAUAGUCAUGUCUCUUUCGCUGUACAACACAGCCAUAAUCUUUGACAUAAACACUAAGUUAGUAGGCUACCUUCAUAGUCUGAUACUGUGUUCAGUCAAUAACAAGACUAUUAUUGAAAUAGGUAAAAUAAAAAGGAAACAUACAGGUUUAUUCCCACAUUUUCCAUAGACAGAAUGACUCUUUUUGUUAUUCAUAAUGUGACUACAAAUUACCAUAACUGAUUUUCUCACCUACUUUGUAACAACAUAGACACUAAAAGCAAUGAUAAGUUUAAUUUUUAUAAUCUCAGUUAAGGCAAUAGUAGAUAAAGAAGUACAUCAUGUCACUUUGUAGUUGCAGAAAUGAGGGGAUGCUAAAGUUAUGAACAAUAUUAUUCUGAUUUAGAAGAAUGUUUUGAAUUAAAAUAAUGUUAUAAUUUCAAGGGCAUGGGUCAGUGCUACAACAGAAUUGUGCUCAUAUAAUGAAAAUGACAGAUGUGCUGCUGUAUCUGAAAACCACUAAAAGAUCUCAGCUGUGUGUGUGUGGGGGGGGGGGGGGGGGGAGGGGGUCUGGUUCUGCACUUUUUUAAUAAAGUUCUUUAUAUACUUUUUCUCCACAAGACUUCACUCUUCUCUGCGGCAAUUCAUUGAUUGGGUUCCUACAGUUUUAUCUAUUAAAUAACAUUGUAAAAUUUUAUUUAAGCAAAUAUAAUGUAUAACUUCUGAUGAGGGAGGGACCAGUUUCAUUUUCCCUUCAGCAUGAAAAGAUAUUUUUCGCAAUUGUUCUUAAGAUUUAAGUUCACAAUAAGGACUUUCAUAACCAAUUUACAUAAAAACUGUCUUUCCCUACAGAUGAUAUCAUUAAUAAUUACAAAAAAUAUCAACACAUUUAAUGAAGUUGAUGAAGUACUCGAAUUUUGCCUGUCCAUAAAAAAAAAAGAUGCAGCUGUCCUUUCUGUUCCCUCCUUUAAG